CACAGAGGGGACCCUUCACCUUGGGGACACAGAGUCACAGCUGGCCGGAUGUCCCCGUCCCCGGGGAGCCGCACCGAGGUGGAGCCGGGACAGGGACACGCUGCGAGGGGAUGGGGACAGCAGGAGGGCUUGGGGACGUGUGACGCAAGUGGUGGCACGGUCCCCAGCGCUCACCACGUCCCCUGCCCCGUGUCCCCUCCCCACCUCUGGGUCCCCGUGUCCCCUGUCCCCACGUCCUGGUGGCCCCAUCUCAGCACUGCCGGUGGUGUCCAACCCCUGUCCCGUGUCCCCAUGGCCCUGGGGGUGGCUGUGUCCCCCUGUCCUGGUGUCCCCCUGUCCUGGUGUCUCUAUAUCCUGCUGUCCCCAUGGGUGAAGGUGUCCCCAAGCCGCGGUGUCCCCACGGUUGAUGAAGUCCCAGUGGGUGGUGGGUGAUGUCCCCAUGGGUGAUGUUGUCCCCGUGUCUUGGGUGUCCCCAAGCCCCCGUGUCCAGCGGUGUCCCCGCAAGUGAAGGGGUCCCUCUGUCCCGAUGUCCCCGUGUCCGGUGGUGUCCCCGCAAGUGAAGGGGUCCCUCUGUCCCGAUGUCCCCGUGGGUGGUGGUGUCCCCGUGAGCGCCGCCGUCCCCACGGGUGACCCCGUCCCCCUGCGCAGCGGUGUCCCCGUGGCCGGCGGUGUCCCCGCGAUGCCGUUCGGGGCGGUGCUGGCGCAGGUCGGGGGCCUGGGCCGCUUCCAGGUGCUGCAGACGGCGCUGCUGGCGGUGCCCAUCCUGCUCAUGGCCAGCCACAACCUGCUGCAGAACUUCACCGCCGCCGUCCCCCCGCACCGCUGCCGCGUCCCCGCUGGCCCCAGCGCCUCCCCGGCGCCGCCCGCAGCCACCCCUGAUGCCACCUCAGCGGCUCCUCGUGACUCCUUGAGGGGCUCCGACUCUGUCCCGAGGUCUCCUGGUGGCGCCUUGGGGUCACCUGGUGCCACGCUGAGGUCCCCUGAUGCCACCCCGAGGUCCCCCAACGGCGUCCACAGCCGCGGUGCCACCCGCCUCACACCCGAUGGCACCCCGGCGUCCCCCGAUGGCACCCGUGUCCAGCCUGAUGCCACCUGGGGGUCCUCCAAUGGCACCCUGGGGCCCACCGGUGCCACGCUGGGGUGGUCCAAUGUCACCCUGGGGUCCCCCGAUGUCACCCUGGGGUCCUGCCGGCGCUACGUGACCUCGCCCCCUGCCAACGGCACCGGCGGGCCCCGGGCCACCGAGCCCUGCCGCGACGGCUGGGACUACGACCGCAGCGUCUACGUGUCCACCAUCGUCACCGAGUGGGACCUGGUCUGUGGCUACCGGCAACUGCGGCAGAUGGCCCAGUCCAUCUACAUGGCCGGGGUCCUGGUGGGCGCCCUGGUCCUGGGGGGCCUCUCGGACAGGUUUGGGCGCAAGGCCAUGCUGAUGUGGUCCUACCUGCAGCUGGGGGUGAUGGGGACGUGCACGGCCUUCGCCCCCAACUACGCCUCCUACUGCGUCUUCCGCUUCGCCGGCGGGAUGGCGCUGUCCGGCUUCGGCCUCAGCAUCGCCUGCCUCGUGGUGGAGUGGAUCCCCACGCCGUACCGCGCCAUCACCGUGGCCAUCACCGGCUUCGCCUACACCCUGGGCCAGAUCAUCCUGGCCGGGGUGGCCUACGCCGUCCCCCACUGGCGCUGGCUCCAGCUCUCCGUGUCCCUGCCCUUCUUCGUCUUCCUCCUCUACUCCUGGUGGUUGGCGGAGUCGGCGCGGUGGUUGGUGCUCUCGGGCAAGGCCGACAGGGCAGUGAAGGUCCUGCAGCGCGUGGCCACCUUCAACAACCGCAAGGAGGAAGGGGAGAAGAUCACGGUCGAGAUGUUGAAGUCCAACAUGAAGGAGGAGUUGGCGGCUCUGAAGUCGUCCUACACCGUCUCCGACCUGGUCCGGACCCCCGUGAUCCGCCACAUCUUCUUCUGCCUCUCCAUCGUCUGGUUCUCCAUCAGUUUCUCCUACUACGGCUUGGCCAUGGACCUGCAGAACUUUGGGGUCAGCAUUUACCUCAUCCAGGUGAUUUUCGGCGCCGUUGACUUCCCGGCCAAGGUGGUGGUGACCGUGUCCCUGAGCUACGUUGGCCGGCGGCUCUCGCUCAUGGCGGCCUUGUUCCUGGCGGGGCUGGUCAUCGUGGCCAACAUCUUCGUGCCCACAGAGCUGCAGACGGUGCGCACGGCGCUGGCCGUCAUCGGCAAGGGCUGCCUGUCCGCCUCCUUCAACUGCGUCUUCCUCUACACCACCGAGCUCUACCCCACCCCCAUCAGGCAGACGGGGCUGGGCUUCGGCAGCACCAUGGCGCGCGUGGGCGGCAUCGUGGCGCCGCUGGUGAAGAUGAUGGAUGAGUACUACCCCUUCCUGCCCCCCGCUGUCUAUGGGGUGGCCCCCGUGGUGGCGGCCGUGGCGGCCGCGUUCCUGCCCGAGACCCUCAACACGCCUCUGCCCGACACCAUCGAGGAGGUGGAGAACAGGUCCAAGCGGACGCCGACAGGUGACCCCAAGGAGAAGAUCGCACUCCAGCCCCAGGACGGGCCCCCCCUGAAGGAGGCCUGAGGGACCCCGGGGGUGGGCACAGCGCCCCAGCCCCGGCCACCAGCAUCCACCACCACCCUGGGGGUCCCCGCAACUUGAGGGGGGACAGGGGAGAGCUCGGUUGUGACCAGUUACCUCCUGUUGAGGCGGGGACGUCCGGGCAGGAAUAAAGCAGCUCUGGUGGGGA